AUGUUCGGGCCAUUGUUCGGCCUAGGCCUUGCCCUCGGGCCUAAAAAAAGGAAACUGGAAUCCCCAAAGGCACAGCCAAGACCAAAUAUUGAUGUUAAAGACAGUACUCCAAAGAAGCAAAAGCAAUGCAAUUGUAAACACUCACGAUGCCUGAAGUUGUAUUGUGAGUGCUUUUCAUCUGGAGUGUACUGCGAUGGCUGUAACUGUGUAACUUGUCAUAAUAAUGUUGAAAAUGAGGCUGCCAGGAGAGAAGCUGUUGAAGCUACCUUAGAGCGUAAUCCAAAUGCAUUCAGGCCAAAAAUUGCAAGUAGCCCACAUGGAACUCGUGAUCGUAGGGAGGAGGCAGGGGAAGUCAUGUUGGGAAAGCAUAACAAGGGAUGCCAUUGCAAGAAAUCAGGAUGCCUCAAAAAGUAUUGCGAAUGCUUCCAAGCCAACAUUCUUUGCUCUGAAAACUGUAAAUGUGUGGACUGCAAGAAUUUCGAAGGAAGCGAAGAGAGACAGGCUCUCUUCCAUGGAGAUCACACCAAUAAAAUGGUAUACAUCCAGCAGGCAGCCAAUGCUGCCAUCACAGGUGCUAUUGGAUCCUCUGGUUACGGUUCGCCUCCAAUAAGCAAGAAAAGAAAAGUUCCAGAGAUCUUCUUUGGGUCGACAGCAAGAGAUCCAUCCUUCCACAGGCUUUCUCAAUACCAACAGACAAAUCAUAUGAAGGCUUUUGCAACUUUGUCUUCAAUUCCAGGGUCUCGUGUUGGCAAUACUGCCGCAUUUGGUCCUUCAAAAUUUACAUAUAGGUCUCUCUUGGCAGAUAUUAUCCAACCACAGGACUUGAAGGAGCUUUGCUCAGUUUUGGUGGUCUAUGCAGGAGAAGCUGCCAAGAUGCUCGCAGAAGAAAGAAAUGCAGCGGAAAAGCAGGCUGAAGAUCAUAGAGAAACCUCUUCUGCUUCAUCAACACAAGACCGGUUACAAAGUCUGAAGGAAUCUGAUGUUGAGAAAGCUGUGGUGGAUGAUUGUUCAAGUCGGAACCCAGCUGAGAAAAUGGCUCCUGAUGAGUCCAGUACAGAUGGAAUUGAUUUGUCGAAAGGAAGGCCAAUGUCUCCAGGCACACUAGCAUUAAUGUGUGAUGAACAAGAUCCAAUAUUUAUCACUUCUGUUUCCCCUAAUGGGUUAAUUUGCCAUGGCUCUUCUCUGUUGCCGCAUGCACAAGGCAUGACUGAGGCCUAUACAGGACAAGAAAGAGUCCUCUUGACAGAGCUUCUACAUUGUCUAAAAAGGCUCAUCACUUUAGGAGAAAUAAAAGAGACAAAGUGUUCUUCACUAGCACUAUCGGAAUCAGGAGGUCAAAAAGACCCGGUCAGUAACUGCACUGCAAAUGCCAGAACAGAAACAAGGAAUCUACAGGACACUUAAAGCAACGGUGUGGCAAACUCUGCCAUUCCACAUCCCCUCAAGACAUCUCAGAUGGUCACAGACUCACAGUAGCUGCUGGUAAUGACAAUGCCCUUGCCAAACUUUCAUUCCCUGCUGAAAAUGGGGAUCUAAAACAAUAGGCUGAGAAAGCAUUGUAACAAAAUUUAGGACAAGGUUCGGCUGAAGGUAUGCUACUGCAUCUCUGCAAUAUGAGGACAUUGUCCAUUGUCCAUUAUGCUUUUCUUUGAUGCAGCUGCAAGGUUAUACCUGGGUCUCAUUGUUAGAACUGACCAGAGUCUGAUCCAUUUCUUACCUAAUUCAUUAAUACUAGGUAAACCAAUUUUUGGUUUACAGUUACAGUGUAUAAAUGCAACGCAAGUCAUGUAGAUUCUCAAGAUGAAAUCUAUCUACAUUGCCAAG